UUUCAUAGUGUGCAAACUUUUCAACAAUUAUAUUCAAGUUGUUCAAGUUUUUCAAGAACGGCUUUUCGUCACUCGCUCAUCACUUUUUCUUAUUGUGGCUCCAUAAACAGCAGGGAGAAGAGAUGUCUGUCUGUACAAGCUCAAAGCCUUUUGUGAUUGCUGUUGUCGGCAUGCUGAUCAUUAUGUUUGCAUUCUAUUUCGGGAACUUGUGUAAUGGGACAAGUGCGCUAGCCUACAACAAACAAAGGCACUCUUCAGGUUCUCUAAGUUAUAAGUCAUCUUUGCCCACACAACACCGUUUACCUGGUCCAUGCACUUGUCCUGAUGGCUCUACAAUCCUCAAAGACCACAUCCCACAAGACCAGUAUGAGGAUUUAAUGCAGCGACGAGCUAAAGAGUUCCAGCAAUACAAAGCCAGGACUAAUUCAAUCCUAUCCAAGCUACUUUUUGCUUUGCCUAAUUCUCCUCUGCAGUAUCCUAUCCAGGGCGUUAUAGUACGACCCUUGACUGCAACUGCAAUACCAGGUUUAGGUCUGCAUGCGGAAGAAGGAAACAGCUAUAAGGUUCUCUUAACUGUGUCUAAUGGUGUCCUAACAACAGAAACUCCAACUGCAGAGGCCACUGUUCAAGGUUCUGGAGAGACAAAACUGACUAUUGAGUCUAGCACCUUGUCGGUCCUCAAUGACCUGCUGGCCAAAGUGUCCUAUACCAGCACCAUCUACCAUAUAAACACUGGAGACCUUGUCACUUUCCAGUUUGAAAACUAUGAAGCCGUGUUUCCCAUUACCAUCCAGCAGCCUCAUGUACCAGUCCUGUAUGACAUGGGAACAGAUAUCAGCUCUCAAGUUACCAUUGUCACAAAGACCUUCCUGCGCUACAAACAACUGAGGGUGUUGUUGGAUAGUAUCCGGACAUUCUAUAGUAACAUAAAAGUGAUUAUUGCAGAUGACAGCUUAGAACCAGAGAGCAUUACUGGAGAAAACAUCCAGCAUUACAUCAUGCCUCCAGCACAGGGCUGGUUUGCAGGCAGAAAUCUGGCUGUGUCACAGGUUACCACCAAGUACUUCUUGUGGGUGGAUGAUGACUUUUUGUUUUCUGAGAAGACAAAGAUAGAGAAACUUGUGGAGGUGAUGGAGGCAGUCCCAGAACUAGAUAUGGUUGGUGGGUCAGUGCAAGGGAACAAGUUUCACUUUUCUAUUCUGUAUGAGGAAGGAGAUGAAAACGAAGGUGGCUGCCUCUACAGGAAGUCUGGUGGUAAAUUCCAUUCCCUUCCUAGUUACCCACAAUGCCAUUUGGCCAGUGGAGUGGUCAACUUCUUCCUGGCUCGUACAGAUGCCAUGCAGAGGGUGAGAUUUGACCCGAAGCUCCAGCGAGUAGCACAUUCAGAGUUCUUCAUGGAUGGCCUGGGCUCUUUGAUGGUUGCCUCAUGUGGUGAUGUGACAAUUGACCAUCAACCUAAAACAGAAGAAAACC